CAUGGCAACUAAUCCACUUCUUAAACAUCACGAAAAGAUUAUUGUUCAACUUUUGCAGAACGACGACUCAUUUCUCCUAACGUUGAGAUCCUGUCACUUUCUAGUCGAGAAUGAAGUAAAUGAUAUGAAAGAGGAUUUUAAAUCUCAUUUGGAUAAGAUUCUUACUUUAACAAUAGGCGAAUUUUUCAAAGCUUUAAGUUCAACUAAUAAGGAGACAUGGCGCCGAUUGCGAAAAACAAUUGCACAAACUUGGCAACACAUUGUCAAAAAAACUAAAGAAAAUGUCUAUAAUGAAUUUUCAAUUAUAAGAAAAUUUUCAUUUUCCACAGAAACAAGAUAUUUAAUUAAUUUUCAAGAGAUUUCAAUGCCAAUUAGAAUUAAACCGUUGAGAACUUUAAAUGCAGAUCUAUCGAGAGAGCUCUGCUCUAAUAAUAUCAAAUUUCUUAAAUGUAUUAACAAUGAUGAUAGGAUUUUAAUUACAGGAAGUCCGGGAAUUGGUAAAACGAGUCACUUUAUAAGUAUCCUUAAUUCAUGGGCUAAGGAUAAAGAAUUAAUUGAUUUUUUAAUCCUCAAGAUAAAGCUAACUGAUUUCAAAAUGGAACCAAAUUUAGUUGAAUUCUUAUAUGAGAAGAAUAUAAAAAAUUCGUCCUACGUCACUCUUAAUCUCUUUAAAUAUUAUUUAUCAAAAGAAUGUGAGGAUCAAGAUAGAAGAAUUGUUCUUCUAGUCGAUGCAGAAGACGAAUUAUACAGUCGAAUAGAAAUGUUUAUAUUAAAAAUUAAAGAAUGCAAUAUAUGCAAUUUUCCCAUUAUCGUCUGGUCGAGAAAAUGUUACGAAGGUUUAUUUGAUAGUAGCUUUGAGAUUCUUGGUUAUAGCGAUGAGAAUAUUGUUGAAUUCUUCAAGAAAUUCUUCCUAGAAGAUACUCCUUGUCUUGACGAAGAUAAGAAACAUUUAAAACUGUUGAAAUUUUUAAAAGAUAAUGGAGAGGAUUUACUAAAAUCGUGUUUUAAUCCAUUAAUUGCAACUAUAGUUGCAUAUAUUUGGCAGAAGAAGCAUAAUACUAUAAUGGAUAAUAAAUUUCAAAUUUACGAAGAAGCUGCUCAUAUCCUACUAAAUAUGAAUACGAAGACAAAAGAGUCAAUUUACUUGAAUGAAAAGAUGAAUACAUGCGCUGAAAAAGCUUUUCUUAAUAUUUUCUUUAAUAAAGAUAUUAAUAUGGCUGGGCAUAAAUUGACAAAUUUUGGAAAUUUACUUAUAUCUCCAGUUCAUCAACAAGAAGAUAGAGAUGGAGAACAAUUUCAUUUUCUCAAUGAUACGUUUAAAGAAUAUUUCGCAGCUAAAUUUAUUGUUAAAUCGUUACAAAAUAAUCUAUUAAGCCUAGUUUCGGAGGUAACAAAUGAAAAGAAUGAUACUAAAUUGAUACAGGUUAUCUGUAAUCCCGAUAAAGUUGGUAAUCGAAGAGCGAUAUUCGAUUUCAUAAAGAAUAUGAACGAAAAUAUAUUUUCGAUAUUAGUAAAACAUAAUAUCGAUAUUCUUACCAUUUCUGAAACGGUUACAACCGAUAUAAUCAAUCUUUUUAGUCGUGAAAAGCAGACUGAAAGAGUGAAAUUAAUUGGUGGAUCAUUAACAAAACUUCUAUGGUCAAUUAUUAUUAAUAGCUACUCAACUGAGAUAACUAGUAUCACUCUUAUCGAUGUAGAAAUUAAUUUUCAAGAAUUUAUACAUAGUUGUAGUGAAAAUUUGAAGGAAACAUUACAAAGUUUAACUGUUCAUUCCAAUAUUCAAAUUACUGUAUCCGGAAUAUUUUUAUGUAAAAUAAUAAGAAGUUUACGUAAACUAACUAAAUUACAUUUUUCAAAUAUUACAUUUAUGAAAUUGAAGAGACGAGACUAUUCUAUUAAUUCAAUUACUCUAGAAGAUCUUCAACUAAAGAAUUGUUUCUCUUCAGGCGAUAUGCCCUAUUUCCAUCAUUGCCAAUUUUUAAUACACCUUGAUAUUUCCCAUAAUGAAUUGAAAGGUAAGAAUAUAAAAUUGAACUUUAUUGAUAAUAGAUUAGAUAUACAACUAAUUUUUAUUAUUAUUAUUAUUAAAAGACAACGAUUGGGAAUUAUUAUUUAG